AUGCCUGACCGCAUAUGGGACGAAACCGUUGCGCUCGGCACGGCUCCCAUAUUCGACGAUGCUAUAUAUCUGGCCGAAGCCUUGGGUCUGCCUAUGAAUCAGAAUGAGGACCAUCUCGACGCCGAGGUGGCGCUGCUUGCUCGCGAAUCUGGUAUCCCCGAUCCUUAUCGUUUCGUACCCCCGCCAGAAACCAUCUCUCGCGCAAUCUCGACUAUGACGCUGGAUAGCGAUCAGAGAAGUUCCAGAUCAAUUCACUCUCAAGAAACGCAGUCAACAAGCUUCACGUCCGCGCCUUCCCGAACUUCCAGAGACCUCAUUUUCUCCACUGACGGCUCAACCACAAGAAGGGUACCUCCAGCACGCUCACAGAUUACGUCACCUGUUGAGAAGUCUCGAGACUUUGUUGACCGUCCCGAAUCUGAUUUCCAGUCAAGACAAUCAUCGACACUGUCCAUCACACCUUCCGCCAUCUCCAGCUCAGCCUCGUCACAGCAAGCGCAACCAAGGAAGAAACGGGGCUCCGUCAUUUUCUCCAUGUUCAGAAGGGAUUCAGGCAUCGGCUUGGCGUUAGCUAAAGAGGCUUUCGCAAGUUACAGGACACAACAGAAGGAAGAGCUUGCACGUGUCUCGCUGUUCGAGUGCAGCCAAAGAAAAGCCUUGUCAGCGUACCAAUAUUGUUCAAUGCAACAAUUGGGAGAACAGCUUGAGAUUGAUAAGAACGAACGGAUCGGACAGCACAAUGAGGACCUGGAGCGAUUAGAAGAACGACAACUUCUCGCUGAACACGACCUGUUGAAAGCACAAGCUCAAGAGACACAGAACGUAGCAACAGCCCUAAAGUAUAUUGAGGCGUAUUGCCUACGUACGAGAAGCAACCAAGAGCGUGUGCAUGCUGUGUCGGAGGAAGACUUGAAGAAGCUGGACCACCAAAGAUUGAUCCAACAGGAUCUUCCCAGACGACACGCGAGUGCAAUCAACGUCUUACGAGCAAGGCAAGAGAUGGACACCGCACGAAGACUAGAAGCACAAGAAGCAGAGCUGCAGCAAUUUGGCAUUGAGCACGAGAGAAAGAAGUUUGCAAAAGAAGCGGAAUAUCAGAAGGAGCUGGCAAGGCUUGAGACCGUUAUCGAAUUAAGAAGAAAGAGGCUUCUACAAAGGUGGGAUCUCAGGUUUGAAAUAUGGCGGCGAGACUGGGAAGCGCAGCACAACACGACUCUGACGGUAGAACUCGAACACGAAGACUGGCCACCUCGCAAAGCAGAUCACACGAUUUCCAUACCCGAAGCAAGUUUGCUAGCUCAGUACAUCAAGGCCGCGGCAUGA